CGUUUAACAGCUCAAUUUCUAAUUAUAAGUACCAAGCUUUUAAUACAAACAUCUAUAAAUAUUUUAUUACAAUAGUUGGUACAUAAUACGAAGUUUUUAACUCAAGUACAGGUAGGGCUUUGUUACCUGUAGAGGGAUAAAUGUCGCACUGCACGGAACAAGCUGGUUUGAAACCCACAAGAUAAACUGUUGGCUUAUAGUAUUGACCGGGUAAACUUUAAGUUUCAUGUGUUGACCAAAUUAGCAUUGCGUUCCACGACUUCGAUGUAAGGUAAUUAUGACAAACGUUGAUGAUACUCCACUGAGUAUAUGCCAAGCUCUCGUCGUAAACAUCUUCUAUAAUGCAUGGGCAAAUUGGUCUCGCUUUUUCUAACCAGAGUGAAUUUUUAUGCGCUCCUUUAAAUGCAUGUAUGUGUUUGAAAGUAAUUGAAAAACUCACCGAUGAGUCAAAGGGUACGAUGAGGUCAAACCCUGGACACGAAACUUUGCGACGAGGAUUUGAUCACAUCUUUCAGACAACUGUUUAGAAGAGUAUUGCAUUAACUUUUCGGCACACCUUAGUUAAAUCUACCUUCGUGUAAAGAAGGUACUUGCGCUUUAAAAAGAGGUUUCGUAGCUUUAAAAGGUAUAAAAAAUUUUCCUCUCUGUUGGAUAAAAGCAAUUUUAUUUCCUAAAACUGCCCAGGAUAAUGCACACUGGCUAAGAUGCUGCACCACUUCAUUGCACUGUUUGCUGUGGCCAUACUUUCUUCACGUGAAGGGAUUUCCACUCCUCAUCCUGCAAUCGAGUGCACAAACCACACAGUUUUAAACGAGGCAAGCAGAUCUAGGUUUUUUACCAACUACGUUCACGCCAGCGAUACCUUACUAACGGGCUGGUUUACAUACAAUGGCUCAGCCGGUACGCGCAUGGCUACAACCUGCGUUCCCGCUGAUCACUGCGGUACGCUCGUUCCUGGAUGGCUGGCGGGUAACCAUCCAAGUGUAGACGAAGGUUUAGUAGUACGAUCAGUAUGUCUCUCCAAGUCGCAAGUUUGUUGCAUGACGUCUGUGAGUGUACUUGUGAGGAACUGCAGCGGCUUCUUUGUUUACAAACUGGACGUGAAUGCAAGUUUAAGCUUUACUUUUCGAGUGUGUGGAGCUGGUAUUGAAGGAUCAUUGCCGCCUAAGCAAGUAGCAAUCAAGAAUAAGUUAGGCGAUGAAUGCACCGACUACAACACACUCAGCGCACGUGAUAGAGCCGCGGACUAUUUCAGUUACAACACUUUGAAGUGUGACGCCUACCUACCCAGUGGCUGGUACAGGCUGACUGGCCGCGCAGGGACUGUUAUGCCGACACAUUGCGUGCCCAGAAUGCAUUGUGGUACUCUGUCACCUGGUUGGUUGAAUGGCAAACAUCCAACUGUGGAGGAGGGUGUGGUGCAGCGUAUGGUUUGUUUUACAAAGGAUACCAAUUGUUGUCACUGGUAUAGUUUGGUGUUAGUGAAAAACUGCAGUGGUUUUAUGGUGUACAAAUUUGGACCCUUUCCUACAGGUGUAGACUCCUGCAGCUUGCGAUACUGUGGAGGUGGAGAAGCCGGAGAAGCUGGUUGCAGAGACAAAGAAGGAAACAGUUAUGACGUAUGGCAGAGUUGGAACCCAAAUCCUUUGUUCAAAUGUACAUGUACACCCAAUCUAAAAGUCGAGUGCCAAAAAACUGAAAGUGGAUGCUGGGAUUCCCAUGGAAACGCUUUUGUGGAUGGACAUGAGUGGCUUAGCAACAACAUGACUAAGUGUACCUGUAGCAAUGGAAAGAUAACCUGUACCAAGCUCUCUCGGCCAGCCUGCACCGAUGAGAAAGGCAUGGUGCGGGAACAUGGUACCCACUGGUUUUCCGGAGUCUGUUUCAAUUGCUCAUGCGUGGAUGGUUUGAUCAGUUGUGAAAAGUAUCGCGUGACUAUCAAGUAUGGGUUAUUCCAAGUUGAGACAGUUGGAAGAUGUAUGCCGUGUCAUCAGCCAAGUGACGAUAUUUUACCAACAGGAGAUGGGACAGUCGCUGCUUGCCAGGUUUUCUUUCAGCUCAAGGCUCUAAAUGAGGUAUUUGGUUGUUCCAGUGGGGACUUCGUAAGGAAAGAACACGUGUGUAAUGGAGUCGUCGAGUGUCCGGAUGCUUCUGAUGAGGCGCAGUGCCAGAAUGUUAUUUGUCGCGAUGAGGAAGGGCAGAUUCUAAUUCUAAAAGAUGUUUGGAAGGUGUCCGACUGUCUCAGCUGCGAGUGUACAGAGGGUCGUCUGAAAUGCCAGAGGACACUUCAAGUCAACUUCCCUGGCAAACACUUUGCAUACGUACCUUUUACUGAGUCCUGUGAACAACCAGGGUGUAACGCUGUGGAGUUUAUUAAAGCCAGGAGAGAAUCUUGUGAAGCAAUUGAAACCGUCGAAGGUGGCCACAUUUUGUCACGAGGAGACAACUGGGACUACCAAGGGUGUCAAUUCCUCUUUGUAGGACACAAGCGGACCACAGGGUGCCCACAAAUGUCUCUAUCAACCUGUUAUAUCUACAAUGGAGCAGUCUGUUGUGCUGAGAAAUGCCCAGCACUCCCACAACUUGCAAGUCAGGUGCGCUGGGGUAUGAAGGUGUGUCCUGGAGGACUUCAGUUGAUAGCCAGUGAUGAUCAGUGUGACAUUAUCGACCCGAGUUGCCUGCCGGGAAACGGCUCCUGUAAAACGGAUGCCUUGUGUCAGGACGAGGAUGCAAAUACAUAUAUCAAUGGAAGCACCUGGUCUAUUGGUGACUGCAUCGACUGUUACUGUCACAAUGGCGUUAUCUCGUGUUCUAAAACGCUGUCAGUCAUUACAUCCAAUGACGAAAACACUGAGCGCUGUAGUCAACCGGAUUGUAACGUAGCGGCGUUUUUGAAAGCAAAUAGAGGAAUCUGUAAAGUUUGCAUUUGGAGGAACCAAACCCAUCUGGAAGGCUACCGCUGGACAGAGAAUGGAGUUGACUUCUUUUGCAGCUCAGAAAAGCAGAGAGUGAGGCCUGGAUGCUACUUGAAAGCUGGUCACGUGCAAUGUACAGGGGCUUUUACAGGAAUACGAAACUUAUCACUCAUAUCUGAUGAAAGACUGUACCUCUGUAAGAGCGGAGAUGAGAUAAGAUCACUUAACGACAGAUGUGAUCAGAAAGCAGACUGCAGGGACAAGUCUGACGAGAGAGAUUGCGUUCAGUAUUUCUGUCCAUUUGGCACGAAGUUCAAUAUGUACUGGGAAAGAACUGCCCUGAAUGAGAUUGUUGCAAGGAACUGUUCAGAGGUGGAUCCAGAAUUAGGAGGAAAUUUCACGAACCGUUGUUCUUCACCGUAUGGUGAUAUGACAAAGUGGAGUUUCAAAGAAAGCUGUUUUUGCGAAAAAAAAUCUCUCCGUCAAGAAUUCAGGCAUAAACUAUCCAUAGUGAAUCUAACAAACAUUUUGGAACUAACAAGAGCAUUUGUGAACAAGGCCACUAACUUUACAAACAAAGAACUGUUCUUUAAUUAUCUGAGCCUUUGGUUUAAAAGUGGAGCUCUCCUACUAAAUCCAGUCAACCAUUCCAACGAUAUGGUGGCGCUCAAUUUCUCACAGGCCAUAUUCCAAACAACUCGAACCGAAAACGUUUUCAAGCCUCACUCAGACUCCUUUUGUCCUAAAGAAGUGACGUACUCGCAGCGCUGGUCAUUAAUACAAGAUAUCAAGGAGUUUGUUUGCGGGGCCUCAAAUCUGACGCAUACCUUCCGGUUUUGUUUCACUCUAAGAUCGUUGAAAUAUGAAAUUCCUCCUACAUUCUCCGGAGAUAGCAACAAAAGCCCAGAUUCUCCUGGUGUAACUAACUUUUGGAUGCGACCGGUUCUUAAUCUGAGGAUUGAUCCAAACCAGCUGUCCUCAGGAAGUGAUACUGUCAGCUCCCUUUCACUUCCUCCGGGAAACAUCACUGGCGAGAUGAAUUUCAGUCGCGUCCUUGUUCCUCUUCAACGUUUCAACUGUGCUUGGAUUGAAUAUGAUGUAAAUGGAACGUUAAAAAUCACAGCCAGGGAAGUUAGAGAUGAGGAAAAAGAGAGGAAAGCUAUGGCUAAAACUCACCUGGAUCUUGUUCUCAGCAGCAUUUCUACAGUGGUUGUUAUAAUUUGCUUAAUACUGCUUUCCUGCCUAAGGAUAAGAAACUCCGAGAGAAUAUUUGUUCAUAAAAACCUUUUAAUAUCCAUAUGCCUGGUUUACAUCGUGAUGAUCUUGGACUCGUGUAUUUUUACAAACAGGAAGCAGACACCGAAAUUAUGUUCAGCUAUGGCUGUCCUCCAACAUAUAACACACACCGCUAUUUUCACGUGGAUGUUGGUUGAAGGAAUUCAUCUUUACAUCAAGCUGGUGAAAGUGUUUUCAGUCCACAAGCUCUACAUCACAUACAUUGUCAUCGGGUGGGGUCUACCAGUUGUUAUUGUGGGUCUAAUAGCAGCCAUCAGACCUGUGACAUAUGAUAUGAGCAAGACAUACUACAAGGACGUCAUGUGUGGAUCACUGAAACUUUCAGCGGAGAUUAUACGUGACAGGUGCUGGCUUAAUGACGGUGAAUGGCUGUAUAAAGGACCAAUCUUGGCAAUUCUCGUGGUCAAUCUUGUGAUAUUUGUAAUUCUGCUGAGAGUGAUAUUCACCAAGAUAUCGAAAAAAUAUCAGACUGAUAAUGUAGAGAAGACCAGAAAAGGAUUGAGGAGCAUCGCAGCUCUACUGCCUCUGUUGGGUGUCACGUGGCUGCUGGGGUUUUUUAUCCACUGGAGUGAAGUCCUUGCGUAUUUGUUCAUCAUACUCAACUCGUCCCAGGGUUUGGUGUUUUGUAUCUUCCAUGGUGUUUUGGAUGACCAGGUGAGAGAGAGUUUGCUCAGAUCCAUUAGAAGGACACGAUUAGGAAUGAUGACCCAAAUUGGGAGAUCAUCUAUUGUAUCAACAACUACUCAGUUGUCACCUGCAGGUUCGAUAAAUGACCGAGCGAACAUGGGGCAACGCCCAGGGAUUGCUGGAAUGAAGCAUUUAGAUACUAAGCUUUAAUGGUGUCUCUUGAUAAAAAAAAAAAAGCUCCUACUAGCUUCGUAAUAGCUAAUUCAGUUUUUUAACCUAUUUGCAAGCCUUGAUAUGAAGCUACUGGCUGCAGUGAACAAAGACAAGUUUUUUUCCGUACUAAUGCUGUUUAAGGAGGUCAGUUGUGUAGAGAGAACACGCCUCAGGCAAGCACACUAAAUUUAGUCAGUGAUACUUAAAGAAUGUUUAAAAAUGGCAAAGUGGGACAUGAACUAUUCCAUAAGGAAAUAAAAAACUUAUCAGUAAAAGCUUAUUGAUGUAGGAAAAUGAACAAGAAUUAUUGUAAUUAUUAGAAUCUUUUAGCUACUAACAGAGUCCAUCCACUGUACAUACAGUGUUAAAUAUUCCGUUCAACUGCUUUCAUUAAAGAUAAAGUUUUGCCUCC